AUGACGGGACUCCUGAUCUUGAACUCUGCAUCUGUCAUUGUAAUCAAGGAUACAAAGGGAUAUUGUGUAAUACAGAACACCAGUGGCAACGGUCAACAUAAUGCUCUGUUUGAUGAAAGUACAAAAGCAAGGAGACUUGUCGAUCCAUCUCCAGAGGUUGCGUGCCAGGCAGUUGCCGACAUGGUGGUCAAAGAGGAAGUGUUCUCCUUCGUGAAGACCGCCAACAGGAGCUGGAUGAGCGGGGAGGGAAGCUUCGUGGCAGAAGAGUCGGAGAACUACUUUAACGUCACCUUCUGCUACUAUGAAGCAUAUGAACGCCGUGAAUGUAUGUACAGUGAGGACAGGGGCGCGUCCUACAGAGGCUGGGUCAACGUCACCGCCGACGGCAGACCGUGUCAACGGUGGGACGAGAAUUCGUAUCCCAUUGCUGAAAAACAUUAUGACGGGGAUUUUGAUGGGAAUUUCUGCCGUCAGACAUGGUAUUAUCAAAGAAGACCAUAUUGUGUCAUAGAUGAAAAGCUUUAUGGGUGUGACAUUCCUGUCUGUGAUUCUACUGGCGAUCUUCCAAAUGUCGCAAUGAGGAAGCUGUAUCGUUCUCCGCCAUCUCGUUCUGACAACCCCAUUGAAAACAUCGUGAAUGGUGAAAAGGGAAAACCAACAUUUGCCAUCGCGCGACCGUUUGUAGAGCCAUGGUUACAAGUUGAUCUCAGUGAAGAUUAUGAAAUCUACUCGAUAACAGUCUACAAGGCCUACAAUUGGUGGCCUUACAACACGCGUCGAAUUGUAGCUUACGUCAGUCAAAAGCAGUGGGACUUUCUCAGAUUCGGAGCCUACAACUGCGAUGGCCCGUACAACCCUGCCAGGACUAAAUCGUUUCGCUUCCAGUGCCGUCGACCGUUAACUGGCACCUUCGUCACACUUCAUAAUUUCGUUCAUUAUGACCCCUAUUAUAAUGUGGACAAUUAUAAUUAUUUUGAGGUGUCAGAAAUAGUUAUCCGUGGAAAAGGUCAUUUCAUUGAAGCCACCGGUUGCGGAAAGUCCCUGGGUGUGAGAACUGGUGAUGUUAAAGAUUUCCAGUUUACAUCUUCCACUGAUGGAAAGGGAUCCUAUGGAUAUCACGCUAGGUUGAACAGAGCCACAGGGUGGUGUUCUCAUUCCGGAGAUCCAAAUCCUUACAUUCAGGUGGACCUCCUGACCCCAAUGAUUCUAGAAGGAGUCAUCCUACAAGGGUGGAAUGACGGCAGAGAUGAAUAUCUGCCUCAUAACUUCACAGUCUGGACUGGAAUUAAUGAAGGCAAUCUCACAGUAUACGAAAACAGAAUUGGAGAUGCCAAGGUGUUUCAUCUUGAUUCGACAUAUGCUUCAACUGUUUCACAAAAAUUCCUACUUUCCACACGAGUUCUGACAAGAGUUGUUAGGCUUCAUCUGUAUCAGGAAACUUCACCUCUUUGUGUGAGGUUUGACCUUAUUGGAUGCCCCAAACGAGUGACCGUCGACCUAAAAUGCGCUGAAGGGAGCACAAGCGUGGGUUUGUACAGAAUGCCAGGCCACAGUUUCUACCAGAAUGUCUACAACAACAGCUUUGUAACACCAGGUGUUACCUCAGAGGAGUGCAAGAAUAAGUAUCUGUCAAACACACACAUCUACGCCUCUUAUCGAUAUUCAUUUCCGGACGAAUAUUGCACAUACCUAGUUGGGAAUAGGUAUAGUCGUCACAAUCAAAACUGGUGGGUCACAGGAUAUGGAGGAGCUACCGAAUAUGGACAAGUGUUGUGCCUGGCUGGUAGGUAG